AGAGAGAGAGAGAGAGAGAGAGGCGUGCAAGAAUCUAUAUUUGCCCUCCUUUUCACUCUUCCACUCCAAUCUCUAACGGCCAGACGAGAGACGCAAUUUGGUUUUCUCUUGGUCUUUCUCAAAAUUACAGUUUCUGGAGGCUGUCUGUGUCUUGCUUAUAGACAUGUUUCUUAGCUCUGCAUAUAUUCUUCUCUCGGAGGGAUGUGGUCACUCGUUAACCCCACCAUCUUCUUGUGCAACUGCUCAUAGGGGAUAUGUUAUGAGCUGCUCCACUGUUCCAUUCCGACUUCAGAAACUUAUGGUGUGAGUUUUCAAGUUAUGGGGGUGAUGGUUGAGAAUCCAUCUUCGGCAGUUCCGACAUGAUAGUGAGGUUAGGCUUCUUGGUAGCUGCUUCCAUUGCAGCUUAUGCAGUCAAGCAGCUCAACGUUAAGUCCUCAAGGCCUCGAGAUAAUGAUGGAGCAAGGUCAAAGCAGCAACAAGAUUACGAGCAAGACAAGGUGCAGCGAAUAUAUUCUUCGGGUGGUGUCAAAGAGGGGGAUGGGGAGGAGGAAGAGGAGGAGGAAGUCAAAUUGAUCAGCAGCAUAUUUAAUUCAGCUUCCCGCAACACUCCUUACCUCGACGAUGAAGAUAUUUUACCUGAAUUUGAAGAUCUUCUGUCAGGAGAGAUUGAUUUCCCAUUACCUGAUAAAUCCGAUGAGGCAAACAAGGACAUGGUUUAUGAAACUGAGAUGGCAAACAAUGCAAAUGAACUUGAGAGGUUGCGUAGACUAGUGAAGGAGUUGGAGGAAAGAGAAGUGAAGCUUGAAGGAGAACUUCUCGAGUAUUAUGGGCUGAAGGAACAGGAGUCAGAUGUUCUGGAGCUGCAGAGACAGCUGAAGAUAAAAACCGUUGAGAUCGACAUGUUAAACAUCACUAUUAACUCGUUGCAAGCUGAGAGGAAGAAGCUUCAGGAUGAGAUCUCAGUGGGAGCUUCAGCAAAGAAGGAGCUCAAGGUGGCACAGAAUAAGAUUAAGGAGCUCCAAAGGCAAAUUCAGUUAGAUGCUAACCAGACAAAGGGGCAACUAUUGCUGCUUAAGCAGCAGGUCUCGACCCUUCAGGCGAAGGAGGAGGCAGCGGUGAAGAACGAUGUUGAUGUUGAGAAGAAGCUGAAGGCUGUGAAGGAGUUGGAGGUGGAAGUUGUGGAGCUCAAGAGGAUAAACAGAGAACUUCAGCAUGAGAAGAGGGAAUUGAUUGUGAAACUUGAUGCCACUGAAGCUAGAGCUACAAAACUCGAAAACAUGACAGAGAGUGACAUGGUUGCUGCGGCGAGGGAAGAGGUCAACAAACUGAGGCAUGCGAACGAGGACCUGUUGAAGCAAGUGGAAGGUCUCCAGAUGAACCGGUUCAGUGAAGUCGAAGAGCUGGUCUACCUCCGGUGGGUCAAUGCUUGCUUGAGGUUUGAGCUACGGAAUUUCCAAACACCACAGGGAAAAAUAUCAGCACGUGAUCUCAACAAGAGCCUGAGCCCAAGGUCAAAAGAGAGAGCUAAGCAAUUAAUGUUAGAGUACGCAGAAUCUGAACGAGGCCAAGGGGACACAGAUCUUGAGAGCAACUUCUCUCAUCCAUCUUCUCCUGGGAGUGAAGAUUUCGACAAUGCAUCUAUUGAUAGUUCUAUGAGCAGGUAUAGUAGUUUGAGUAAGAAACCAAGCUUGAUACAGAAGUUAAAGAAGUGGGGAAGGAGCAAGGAUGAUUCAAGUGCUUUCUCGUCACCUGCAAGAUCAUUCUCGGGCUCUCCCAGUAGGGCGAGCAUGAAUCUCCGCCCAAAGGGCCCCCUUGAGUCUUUGAUGCUCAGGAAUGCAGGGGAUAGUGUAGCCAUCACUACGUUUGGUAGGAUGGAGCUGGAGGGUGCUAAUAAUUCUCCAAAGACUCCUGGAGGUGAUUCCUUGAACUCCGUGGUGUCCUCGUUUCAUCUGAUGUCUAAGUCCGUUGAGGGAGUGUUGGAUGAGAAGUACCCCGCGUACAAGGACCGUCACAAGUUGGCCCUGGAGAGGGAGAAGCAGAUCAAAGAAAGAGCUGAGCAGGCAAGGGCUGAGAAAUUUGGUAAUGCUAUUAGAAGCUCAGGUUCAAGUCUCGACUCUAGGUCCAAGGACGAUGGAGGGAGGAUGAUGCCUGUGAUGCUGCCCCCGAAGCUCUCACAAAUAAAGGAAAAGAAGCCAACCGACUCAACUGACCAAUCGGGUAAUAAGACAGAGGAAUCUCCUGCGGUGAGCAAGAUGAAGCUCCAGGAGAUCGAGCGGAGGCCUCCAAGAGUUCCUCGACCUCCUCCUAAGUCAUCUGGAGCUGCUUUUACUAGCACUGGUCCCACUGCUGUGCCAGGCGGCCCACCACCACCUCCCCCACCACCACCAGGUGUUCCACUGCCUCCACCACCACCUGGUGGAGGGCCACCCAGGCCUCCUCCGCCACCAGGGAGCCUUCCCAGAGGGCCAGGAAGUGGCGAUAAAGUCCAUCGUGCUCCUGAGCUGGUUGAGUUCUAUCAGACACUGAUGAAACGGGAGGCGAAAAAGGACACUUCGUCCCUUCUUUCUUCAUCAUUGAAUGUUGCGGAUGCUAGGAGCAACAUGAUCGGGGAGAUUGAGAAUCGGUCAUCAUUCCUGUUAGCUGUGAAAGCUGAUGUGGAAACUCAGGGUGAUUUCGUUCAGUCCCUAGCCACCGAAGUUAGAGCAGCUUCCUUUGCCAGUGUAGAAGAUUUGGUGGCCUUUGUGAACUGGCUAGAUGAGGAGCUUUCCUUCUUGGUUGAUGAAAGGGCAGUAUUGAAGCAUUUCGAUUGGCCCGAAAGUAAAGCAGAUGCAUUGAGAGAGGCAGCAUUCGAGUACCAGGAUUUGAUGAAGUUGGAGAAACGAGUUUCCUCUUUCGAUGAUGAUCCCAAGCUCCCAUGUGAAGCUGCCCUAAAGAAGAUGUACUCAUUGCUUGAAAAAGUUGAGCAGAGUGUUUAUGCACUACUGCGAACGAGGGACAUGGCUAUUUCGAGAUACAAGGAGUUCGGGAUCCCAGUUGAUUGGUUAUCAGAUACAGGAGUUGUUGGCAAGAUCAAGCUGUCAUCAGUUCAGUUGGCAAGGAAGUACAUGAAGCGAGUUGCCUUGGAGCUUGAUGCGUUGAGCGGGCCCGAGAAAGAACCCAACAGAGAGUUUUUGGUUCUGCAAGGCGUGAGAUUUGCUUUCCGGGUCCAUCAGUUUGCGGGUGGAUUUGACGCGGAGAGCAUGAAGGCUUUUGAAGAUCUAAGGAGUCGCAUUAGUACACAAACCGGGGAAGAAAACAAGCCCGAGCCAUCGUGAAUGAAGAUAUCAUAUCUCCUUGUAAUGUACCAUUCUUCUAAAAUCAUCUCUGAUACUUUUUUUCUGUACACAUUGAAGCCUUCUUUCUCCCUAUACAACACGUAAAAGUUGUACAAUCAACAAUGAGCAUUGUAUUUGUAAAGUUGUAAAAUGCACAAUAGCUCAGUACAAAGCGCGAACUGUCUCAAUAUGUUCGACAUAACAGAUGCCCUCAGGAGGUUUUCCGGAUUUCGACUGUUGGAUCGGGUGGGGUGGCUUGUCGGUGUACAAUGGUCCUUUGCUGUCGCUAUAUUCUCAAAUCUCUUUUCCUUUAUGAUUCCAUUGUGUUGCUGAAGGCUUUAUGAAAUCACAAGACACCUGGCUGGGUUCAGCA